AUGAAGAGGAGAGUUGCUGGUUUGCCCCAUGUCAGGCCCGAUGUCUUCAGGGAGAAAGUAGAGGAGAUCAACGCUGCUGGUGCAGAGCCGGUCAAAGAGGCAGGCAAAUGCCAAGCGUGCGCGUGAGUAUGUGGAUCUCCUCGUCUGCGUGCGCAUGCCCUCGCUCUCGUGUCGCAUCAGUGCUUUGGUUCACUGAAGCUGACGAUGACCUGCUUCCCCUGCACUUGCCAAACAGCAAAUCCUUCUCCACCGCAAAUGCAUUCCGCACACACGUCAACUCCCGCAAGCACAAAGAGAACGAAGCCUUACUCGCGCGAGCGCGGUCCGGUUCCUCCAAAGUGACCCCCUCCAUCUUGCACUCAACUGCCGCCGAAAGUGAGAGCGCAGCGGAACCGGCAGCAGCUCCAGGAGACGUUGCGCUUGCCGGGGAGGGCUUGGAAGACGUUAGUGAUCUGCAGGAAGCCCUCGCUGCUGCCAGCACCAAUGCUGCAGCUUCCGCAGCCAUCCUGAAUGGCACGCUGGAAGUGCCUGCGGACGCUACAGAAGCAGAGAUCGAAGCUGCGAUCGACCUGCGCAUCGCUUCCUCCAAGCGCGUAGAUCCUUCAAAGGCGUGCAUGUUUUGUCUAAAAGCCGGCUUCAGAUCGCUCGACGAUACGCUGGAACAUUUGCGCAGCCACCACAGCUUCUUCGUGCCGGACCAAGAGUAUUUGACGGAUCUGGCAGGGCUCAUGGUCUAUCUAGCAGACAAGGUUAGCGUUGGGCAUCUUUGUCUUUUCUGCAAUGGAAGAGGGAGAGGUUUCAACAGCGCAGAAGCGGCGAGAUCUCACAUGUUGGACAAGGGUCAUUGCAAAAUUGCAUACGACUCAGACGAAGAUAUGCUGGAGCUGAGCGACUUUUACGACUUCUCCUCGAGCUAUCCAGAAGCAGAGUGGGAGGACGUGGAGGGCACAGUUGAUGGAGGUAGUGACGAAGAGGAAGACGUGGAUACCGAGACCGAGACGGACGAUGCCACUGAUGCAGGCACAGUGGCCACGACAUCCAGCAAACGAGUCAGACCCGACGCGCAAGGAGUACGGUUUGGUGACAACGAGAUGGAGUUGGUGCUGCCUUCGGGUGCCAGGCUGGGCCAUCGAGCUCUCAGACACGUCUAUGACCAGAGAUUGAGGCCGGCCGGUCGAGAUGUAGAUUCCGCCACGCACGGCUCAGCAUUGGCCCAUCGACUCGCGAAUCGAGCAAUUGCAGCUCGCAAGACGGAGCAGCAGGACGCGUCCGGAUUGAGUCUCGCACAGCGCGGUGGGAAUGUGGUCAAAGCCAAAGACAGGGGCCAGGCAAAGGAAGCCAAGAGGCAUAUUAAGGAAUUCAGGGAUGUUCAGCGCCGAGAGCAAUUCAAGACUAGAGUGGGCUUCAGAGCGAACAACCAGGCCCACUUUAGGGACCCCCUGCUCCAAUGA